AUGACCAAAUUGAGCAGGCCUCAAGCGUCGAAGCGUCAACGCCGCCUAUUUUUCCAAGAGUUUGUUAGGCGAAUCAACUAUGAGCCGCUGCCCCUCCUCCCCGACACCGUGACUGAGGUUAUACUGGAAAAAGAUACAGCAGGAACAGCUACAAAUCUGGAGAUCGGAUUAGUUGGCACCUCUGGCACGAUCGAAGAUCUCAACAUAUCGCUGAAAUACAAGAUUCGGGAAGAUCCGCUUCGUGUUGUCUAUCCUGCUUCCACCGAAUACCCUUUUUUUCGGAAGAUUAACGACAAAGAGCUGAGCCGGGAUUCGGAAAUCUCAGAUGGAGUAUUUCGAGUAUACAACAACCUUGGGUUACAGGGGAUCCGAAAGGAACUGGAGAAUCUCGAAUACUUUGCAGACGUACCCGGCAUUGUGCAGGCAGAGGGGGUUGCCGUAUCUACAAACCCUUAUAUGAUAUCAAGAGCUAGCAAUGGACUGCUAGUUGUGACUGGGAUUCUCCUCAGAGCAUAUCCAGGAGGAUCUUUGCAGGAGAUUCUUCAGAAAAUCGCAAAGAAAACCCACAUGGACAUCAAACCUUCGAAUAUCGUCAUUGACAGUGGCGGAAAUGCAGUUAUCAUCGACAUCAGCGGCAUUAGCGGGAUAACCCACGAAUGGUGCUCACCGGAAAUUCAAGGCGAGGUGUCGUCGCCUUUUGAUCUUUCGUUUGAAAAACGUCGAUCGAAUGACGUUUGGGCAUAUGGAAAACUUCUCUCUUGGAUCGGAUCGCAUGUCAGUGUGAGAGAUGACCCAGUCGCGAAUUCUUUGAAGCAGGUUGCCGAGUGUUUAAUGGAAGACAAUUGCCAAUCACGGAUGGGUUUAUCAGGAGCAAUAUCUCGACUUUCCGAAGGCCUCUGGCUCCACCCCGACGGUCAAUGA